AUGACGACAGGAUAUAUGUACGGGGAAUCUCAAGAUUCUAGGAUGUACGAGGAAAUUUUGUCAAUUAAUCUGACGUUAGAAAAAAAUGUAUCUCAUGAAGAUAAAACAGAAGGUGCGAUUUUAUUUAUGGUGGCCAUUAUCGCUGGAUUUGGUAACCUGUGCAUUGUGGGGGCUAUCAUGACCAUAAAAAAAUUCAGGAAAACAUCUUCCGCAUUUUUAUGUCAUCAUUGUAUAUUGGAUUUUUUAAAAUCGUUAUUCUGUAUACCGUUUGGUUAUAGUUUGUUAAUGGACACAGAUAUACAAGAAUGUAACAUCGUUGGUGCUUCGUAUAUUUUUUUAAUGACGGUGUCCGCGUAUAAUUUAUUAGCGUUACUAAUGAACGAGGAAUAUCACAUCAUGGAUACAACCAAUAAAAUCAAAGGAAACUAUUGUUGUGUGAUGUUCGGAAUAUUCAUGAUUUGGUUUACGACUAUAUUACUACAUCUGGGCGUGGCUUUUAUCCCAGGGAGCACGGAAUUUAAUGAUAAUAUCGGUAACUGUGUGUUUACGUACGGUGUACCAAGUAAUUAUGUUAUACACGUUCUGUGGAUUUUACUUGUAUCAGGGGCAGUAAUUCUAUCUGUAGUGACCUUUACGACAUUUUAUCGUAAAUUACAAUGUGAAUCUAAAGUAAAACAAUGGAAGAUGAUUCAUAAAUCUAUGUCACAUGAAAUGAACGAUGACGGCGAAGAUGAGGAACUCCAUUUUGAAUUUGACGACAUUUCUAGUACUAAAGCUGUAGAACAUGCUAGAAUAUAUAUGAGACGAAUCACACUAAUGGUUCUAAUGGUGGGCACGUUCGUGUUAUUUUGGUAUCCGUUGUUCUUAUUAACGUUAUUCGACAAAGAUUUCAAACAAUCGGCUAAAACAUAUCGUUAUUUAACCGUAUUUGCCUGGUCCCAGCCUAUAACUACCCCUGUGUUUUGUAGUAUAAUAUAUUACGAUGUUUUAAACAGACAAACAUUAGUACGUGAAGUAUAUAGCAAUGCCAUUCCGUUAAAACCCUCGCAUUCCAAGGAAGUUAUACGUCAGAAGAUACAGAAACGAUAUAAAGCCUACGAUACAGGUUUUAGAAAUGAACAUUAUCAAAGUCAUCAAGCUGAAGUACUGACUAAUUGUUUAAGUGAAAUACAAGAUCUCGAUAGUAAUAGUAAUAGUGAUAAUGAAACAUUGGUAACUUAUGAUAAUUCAUUACGUAGAAAUGUUCCGCACCAAACACUUAUAUUAUAG